UAUAAUUUGCUCAAUUUGUGAAAAAGAAAACUUUUUUGACAUCUAAAAACAAUAACUAAAUAAAAAAAAACACGAGCAAGAAUCCAUCAACACUUCAUCGUCAAUCGAUUAUCAUUCAAACCAAACAACAACAACAACAAUGGAUCGACGUAAAGAUUUUUUUUACAAAAUUCUUUAUGAACGUCCAUUUUAUGGUACAAAUCCGGUUGCCCUUUAUAAUUCAGCUAAAAAUAGUAAAUAUUUACUACAACGUUUUCGUUGCCUACAUAGUCUUAAUGCUCAUAAUGGAUGUGUAAAUACAAUAUCUUGGAAUAGUAAUGGUCGUUUUAUAUUAUCCGGAUCGGAUGAUCUUCAUUUAUCCAUAACGAAUGCAUUUACUGGCGAAAUUAAAACGAAAAUUCGUACUGGCCAUAUGACGAAUAUUUUCAGCGCAAAAUAUCUACCCGGUACUGAUGAUAUGAAAAUUGUUUCUUGUUCUGGUGAUGGUGUUAUUAUCUAUACGGAUUUAAAUCGCCCUGAAACAACGUAUCAAAAUAUUUUCGAUUGUCAAGAUGAAAGUGUUUAUGAUAUUGUUACCGUACCGAAUGAUCCACAUACAUUUUUAACAUGUAGUCAUGAUAAUACUGUACGUUGGUAUGAUUUACGUGUAAAACAAUCAUGUCAAAAACAUCGUAUUGGUCACAGGCAAAAAUGUCGUGAUGAUGUUCUUGUUAAUUGUGAUUAUCCUGUCACCGCUAUUGCUAUUAAUCAUUUGUUGCCAUGGCAGCUAGCUGUUGGUUGUUCUGAUUCUAUAAUACGUAUUUAUGAUCGUCGAAUGUUGACAACGAAAUCAUUGCGUGGUACUUGUCCAUCAACGGCAGAACAAAAUGCAUCGAUUGUAGCCAAAUUCACUUAUGAUGGUUUGACAGAUUUUAAUCGUAUUACAUCGCUAGCAUAUAGUCGAAAUUGUCAACAAUUAUUAGCAUCAUAUUCAAAUGAUAAUCUUUAUUUAUUCAAUUUAUAUGAAGUACGUGAUACGAUAAACAUUGGUAAUGAAUCCGAUAUGAUAAAUGAUCGUCCAAGACGUUUACAGCCACCAUAUAAACGUUUUCGUUUACGUGGUGAUUGGUCCGAUACUGGACCUAGUGCUCUAACAACAGAAGAAUUACGUAAUAAUGAUAGUCCUCAACAACAAUCAUCCGAUACAACGGUAACAGCAGCAACACAGCAACAGUCACAAAAUCAAACAUCAUCAAGAUCGACAACAAAUUCUUCGAUUCAUGGUGAUGGUAGUGGACAAUCAUCAUCAUCAACAGCAACGACAACAACAACAACACCACCACCACCACCAAAUCGAAGUAAUGAUCGAUUACGACAAUUGAAUACAAUUUUAAGCAUUUUAUUUCGUAAUUCACUUCGUAAUGAUAUUUUAAAUGAAAAUGUUGAGGAAACAUCAUCAUCAUCAUCAACAACAAUGACAACGGCAACAACAACAACAACAACGACGACGACCACAGUCAAUAAUAUGUCAACACAGGCGACAAAUAAUUCAUCACCAUCAUCAUCAUUGUCAUCAAAUGAUAGUCAUCAAAAUACACCAAAUACUACUGUACGUGAACAGCGAACAAAUCAUAAUCAGAAUAAUAAUCAAAAUGAUAAUCAAGAUAAUAAUUCUGAAAGUUCGUCAGAUAAUUCAUUGAAUUAUUUUAUACAAAUAUUUGAUGAUGAUAUUGACUAUCCAUAUUAUUCAAAUCGUGAACAAAUCGAUGGUGAUGGUGAUGGUGGUGUUCAUGAUCAUGAUCAUAAUCAUAAUGAAGAUGAUGAUGAUUUUGAUUCCGAUACAACAUCUGAUAGUGUAUUUUUUCACGAUAUUUCAUCAAUUGGUUCGAAUUCAACAACCACAACAGCACGACAAAGAAGUCGUAGUUCAUCAUCAAAUGAUUCACGGCAAUCAUCACGUCGUAAAAUUCGAAAUAAUACUAUUAACGGUAAUAAUAGGCCAAAGAUGAACAACAAUAUGAUUGGUGAUCAGAAUAACCGUAUAACAGGGCUGACAUCAUUUGAUAAUAAACGUACACGAACGUAUAAGAUAAAAAUUUUAAAAUUUACUGGACAUCGAAAUUCUCGUACUGUGAUAAAAAAAGCCACCUUUUGGGGUGAUAAUUACAUCAUCAGCGGUAGUGAUUGUGGCCAUAUAUUUUUCUGGUCAAUUGAAACUGGUGAAGUUGUUAUGGUGCUAGAAGGUGAUCAACAUGUCGUCAAUUGUUUACAGCCACAUCCUAAUGAUCCAAUUUUAGCAUCCAGUGGUAUUGAUUAUGAUAUAAAAAUCUGGGGUGCUGAUUCGGAUGACAAUCUGUUUGAUUUGGAAAAAACUAAAAAACUUAUAAAUCGUAAUAAAUAUCUGUUACAAGAAUCACGUGAUACGGUUACUGUUCCUGCACGUUUCGUAUUGAGCCUUUUUUCAUCUAUGCAACAACGACAACAACGUUUUCGUGAUCGACAACAACAACAACAGCAGCAAAACAGCAAUAACAGCAAUAAUAAUCGUAAUCAAUCAUCAUCAUCAUCGACUGAUCGUUUGGAUAGUGGAUGGAUCAGUGAUGGUGGUGGUGGUAAUAGUCGUUUGAAUAAUAAUCGAAAUAAUGAUAUCGAUAUGGAUGAUUCUUGUUGAUUUUUUGUUGUAUCGAUAUAUGUGGAUUCUUUAUUUAAAUUCUGUGAUUCAACACACAUAUAUAUACACACAAACCACUCACAAAUUCACCAUUUAUGGAUAUAUUUAUGAAAAUUCAUUUCACUAUCUCUAUCUCUUUCUCCCCCUGUAUCACACAGACAUGAAAAAAAAAUUUGAAAACCAAAAACAAAAAUCAACAGAAUCAUAUUUGGGUUUUGGAAAUCAAUAAUAUGAAUAAAUAAAUAAAUGUUUUAUUUUAUUUUUU